AGCAGCAAUACAAGCGCUCACAGUCGCUUCUGAAAAGCGCUGUAGUCCAGUUGCAGAGCUGCUGCUGCUGGACUAGUCAGCCGAACCGAGGCGAUACCAAACCUGCUGCACUCAGGACAGACCUCAACACUGCUGGAACCAAAGGAAACCAAGAUGAAAAACCCCACCACUGACCGCGGGAAGGAUUUACGCUCCCAUUAAAACGUUCUCUUCAUGCAUCAGCCAGCUUUUCCUGCGCUCACGCGGCUGACUGCCGUCGUUCCCAGAUACAGCCACACAGACGGGGAGACGACAGCGUGGACCGAGUGAGAGAGUCGGGAGUAAAUUCAAACAGAUGAGUCACUUGUGAGUGACGGACGACCUAACGAUGUCUGGAAUGGAGUCGUCCGGCGGACAAUGAAGCGAAGUGGACCAGCAGAAAGCGAGAGCGCUCUUUUCUGUGCAAGUAUCGACUCAUUCAUUUGUGUUUCCGAUGACGAAGUAACUCACAGAAACUGGGACUUGAGAGGCGGCGACCUAAUUCAGGAUAAAUGACGUUGGUCUGACAAGUCGCCCGCCUCCUUACUAAGUGAUGGAACAUCAUCGGAAACGGAUUGUUUUGAUUGAGGCUGGAGUGUGUGAGGUUACAUGAUAUUACUGAAAGUGUGAGCUUUGAUACCGCACGCAGUUAUGUUGAGGCGUGGACUGCUAACUUGGGUGUCCCGUGUGGGGGGCCUGCUGGUGCUCCUCUGCUGCUCACUCUCACUCCUCUACCUGAUGACCUGCAGCCCUCCACAUUCCAACAACCCUCCGCUGAGUCACGUUUUACCCCAUGCAGGGUCCAACCACCCCAGCCUCGGAGGUACAGGGCCCGUGGUCGGAGCAAGGCCCGGCGGGACAAGGGGAGCAGGGGAUGCUGCCCAAAGCCGGGGUCCGCCUGUAGCACCCUCUUACCAGAUGCUCCUCCAGGAGCGCGAGGAGCAGCACCGCCUCUACAUCUCCUCCUUAAAGAAACAGAUUGCUCAGCUGAAGGAGGACUUGCAGGAGCGCAGCCUGCAACUGAAAAGGGUGCAGGAGAGCCUGAAAACAGCCGCGAACGGACCUGCAGAGGGGCGGGACGGGGGCGCCGAAUUGCAGGGGGGUGGCUUUGGAGAGGUUCAGGGGGCAAAGAGCCAGCAGUCUGACCUGCAGGAGUUCCUUCGAGCUCAGCUGUCAAAAGCCGAGAUAAGCUCCGGCACCAGGUUGCCCAACGAGUACGGCGUGGUGCCUUUUGAGAGCUUCACCCUGCAGAAGAUGUACCAGCUGGAAAUGGGGCUCACGCGUCACCCAGAGGAGAAACCCGUGAGGAAGGACAAGAGAGAUGAGCUGGGAGAGGUGCUGGAGGCGGCUCUGCACAGCCUCAACACAGCCUCGUCGCAUCAGGAUAACAGGGUGGCAGCAGAAAAGACUCAAACUAGCAAAGUCUACACACCGUCUGACUUUAUAGAAGGUAUCAGUCGUACAGAGCGGGACAAAGGGACGCUGUACGAGCUGACCUUCAGAGGGGAAUCGAGUCACGAAUUCAGACGUCUGGUCCUCUUCCGACCCUUCGGACCUCUGAUGAAGGUCAAAAAUGAAAGGAUGGACACAACCAAUAUCAUGAUUAACAUCAUUGUCCCUCUCUCAAGACGAGCCGAUAAGUUCAAACAGUUCAUGCACAACUUCAGGGAAGUCUGUGUGCGUCAGGAUGGCCGGGUACAUCUGACCGUGGUGUAUUUUGGGAAAGAGCAGAUGAGUGAAGUCCGGAGCACUCUGGAGAACACAUCUAGGGAGACUAGCUUCAAGAACUACACGCUGCUUCAGCUGGACGAGGAGUUUUCUCGGGGACGGGGCCUCGACGUCGGGGCCCGGGCGUGGAAGGGAGGCAACGUGCUGCUUUUCUUCUGCGAUGUGGACAUCUACUUCACCGCCGACUUCCUCAACACCUGCAGACUCAACACGCAGCCAGGUAAAAAGGUGUUCUACCCCGUGUUAUUCAGCCAGUACAACCCUGCCCUCAUUUAUGGAAGUCCAGAGCACAUCCCACCCGUGGAGCAACAACUGGUGAUCAAGAAAGACACCGGCUUUUGGAGGGAUUUCGGUUUUGGUAUGACCUGCCAAUACAGGUCUGACUUUAUCAACAUAGGCGGUUUUGACAUCGACAUCAAAGGCUGGGGCGGUGAAGACGUCCACCUCUACAGAAAGUACCUCCACAGCAACCUCCUGGUUGUCCGGGCGCCGUCGCGCGGCCUCUUCCACCUGUGGCACGAGAAACACUGCGCCGACGAGCUGCCGCCAGACCAGUACCGAAUGUGCAUGCAGUCCAAGGCCAUGAACGAGGCCUCGCACGGCCAGCUGGGAAUGCUCUUCUUCAGGCAUGAGAUCGAAGCUCACCUCCGCAAGCAGAAGCUGCAAAACCCAAAGAAGACGUGACUCUGGAUUGACAAAGGCUAGGCACUGCAUCCAGCAGGUGAAUCAGUGUCUUAGAUUUGUGUAAUUCUGAAAUAAAUUUUGGUAAAGUUGCCUAAUUUGCUGUCCUUCUGUAAACCAAAUACAAGACUCACUCUUUUAUAUCUGUACAGGAAACGCAAGGGAACAAGAAAGAGAUGUUGUGGACUAAAAACUUAGAGAAAGAGUUUGGUUGAAAAAUUGUAUUUUUUAUUUUCUCUCCAUAUGUAAAAUGAGGUUUAGAUACAUCUGUACUUACUCCUAUAAAAAAAUACCACCA